AUGAAUAUUCAAUUGGCUGACGCUUUAGAGGAGUUUGAUUUAAGAUAUAUAGAAUCUUGUAACCAGUGUCAAUUCGAAGUUAAAUCUGACUUAACAUUGUCAUCACCAUUACUUGAUCAAAAUGAAUUUCAAACUUUUACUAAUACUUAUUCAAAUAAGUUAUCCAAGUUCCCAAUUUUUAACGAUAAAAAAUUGGCAUUGAAAGAAAAGACUUUUAAUAUUAACUUUAGACCACCUUUAAGACCAAAUUUCGAAGAUUCUUAUUCAUUAAGUUCAUUGAAUUCAUUACCUUCAUCAUUACCAAAUUCAUUAUCUGGAUCGUUACCAAAUUCUUUACCCAAUUCGUUACCACCAUCAUUACCCCAUUCAAAUAGAAGUUCGAGACAAAAUUCCUUUUCAAAGAAUCUUGGUAAUCCCUAUUAUAAAUCAAGAGUUGAUAAAUUGGAAUCUCCUUCCAAGAGACGGAAAAUAGAUGGGAAAUUCGAUUCCGAUAAUUCAAAUGAUGAUGAUGAUGAUGAAGAGGAAGUUCAGAGUGAAAAUUCCUUUUAA